AUGAAGUUCAUUAUCCUCCUUUUAACAUUGGUUCCAACAAGUGCUAUUCGUCAUGAGAAGUUCGAUGAAUCCACGGUGCAACCCAUGCCUGAGACGAGCAUAAAAUGUGGGGAGUGCCCGUGUGUAAAUCCAUGCACUCAGCAGCAGCCACCUCCGCCGCCACAGAUCACUCAGUAUUGUCCUCCACAAGUUCCGCCACCGCCAAGGUUCUACUACUUUUCAGGCCCUCCAGAACCAACACAAAUAACACCACCCUCUCCAAGAUUCACAUACGUGAUAGGCGACCCCCAAGACAGCUUGUAUCCAACUGAUCCCUUUAAUCUGGAGAUCUACAACCGUGCCACGCGUGAUUGUGGUGUCAUCCUAGGACUGCUUCUUCCCAUAAUUUUCGGAUUGCUACAGAUAUUGGCCUUUCUAGGAGCAUAG